AUGAAGUGGGUCUAUGGCAUCGCAGAGGAGCCGCACGUCCAGCUACGGAGUUUGGACGAAGCAAUAUGCUCGGAUGGUGACUUUGACAGGACCAUCUUCCAAGAACGCCACAUCCGCGACCAGCCCUUUGCUACGAGACCUCCCAUAGCCGCGCUGAUCAUGGCGGACUCCAAGGGCCAACCGCAGAAGCUGACACUUGCAAAAGUCGUCAAAGAAAUAUUUAAUUGGUAUCCCUCAGAGUACCCGGCCGAGGAGAGAAAGCUUCUCUUUAAGCUCGAUUUAUCAAUCCUUAUAUUUGCAUGUCUUUGCUUCUUUUGUAAAUAUCUCGACCAGACCAAUAUCAGCAAUGCAUACACAAGCGGGCUCAAAGAAGACUUGGGCUUAUACGGCAACGAGCUCAAUUACUUCAACGUGUGCUAUUACACAGCCUACGUGGUGUUCCAGAUCCCGUUCUUACUCUUGAUGUCGAGGCCCAAACUGGCCCGGUGGUUGCUACCGUCUCUUGAAGUCGUAUGGGGGGUCGUCACAUUCGCGCAAAGUCGAGCGACCAACGUGACACAGCUAUACGUUGCCAGGUUCUUUGUAGGUGCGCUUGAGGCACCCGUAUUUGCUGGGACCCAUUUCAUCUUAGGUUCCUGGUACAGCGGUCCUGAACUCUUCAAGCGAGCCGGGAUGUGGUUUAUCUGCAAUCCGCUGGGCUCGAUGGUAAGCGGUUAUCUGCAGGCAGCGGCAUACACCAACUUGUCAGGGGUCGGCGGGAUGCCGGGCUGGCGUUGGCUCUUUAUCAUUGACGGUGUCAUCACGAUCCCCGUCGCACUGUCCGGCUUCCUCCUCUUCCCGGGCAUUCCGGACUCACCAAGGGCCUUCUUCCUGUCCGAGUCCGAGAUUGAGUUGGCUAAAAAGAGACUCGCGAAAGCCAAGAUCACUCGCGCUGGCAAGCUCAACUUGGAUGUCUUCAAACGAAGCCUAAAGCGCUGGCACAUUUGGCUCUUCGUCGGUUGCUAUAUUGCCAUGAUUAUCUCUUCGUACCCUAAUGGUUACAUGAAUCUCUGGCUCAAAGCCGAAGGAUACUCGGUGGUUCAGAUCAACCAGUUACCAACGGGCAUCAACGCCGGUAGUAUUGUAGCUUCUUGGCUUGGCUCCACGUUGGCUUCAAUAUACCCAUCUUGGGUCAUAUACACCAUUGCGUCAGCAGCGGUUGUGUUCUCAACCGCUUGCAUGACUGUAUGGUAUAUUCCUACGGCUUUGAAAUUCGUAGCAUGGUAUUUCUUUGGAUUCCAGGCUUGUCUCAGCCCCAUUUUGUAUUCCACCGUCAACACCAUUGUGAAAGAUGAUGCCGAGGAAAGGGCACUCAUCAUGGGCUCCAUGAUGACUUUUGGCUACUCCUUCAACAUAUGGGUCCCACUUUUGCUCUUUCCGACUGCUGGGCCCAUUGGAGCACCUCGAUGGCCAGUGGGAUGGCCGGUCACACUGGUCUUCUACGUUCUUCUCUGGGCAGGGUUCAUCCUUGCCGUGAUCUUAUACCACCGAAGAACUAAAAGAUUGAACGAACUUGAAGCAGAGACCAGUCAAGAGCAAUCGGAGUCCGAGAAUGGCGAUGCCGCAGACAGUAUCGGCAAGGAGGUAACAGACUCAAGAGUGGCACCCCUUGACGUCAAAGCUACCGUCUAG